CGACUCUAAAUGUUGGUAAGAGCCCCGAUGCACCUCAGACGCUGACAAUUAUUCAAAAAGUCCAGUUUCACGAUGCAAUAUGAUACCCCUCUGUCGUCAUCACAGCAUCUAGAACUGGCCGCGGGGCCUCGGUGUUUAUCAAAGCAUAGCUCCCAGCUUCAUACAAAGGUAACCACAACGCCUCAAUUCAACACCACCAAGCCCUCUUCUAGCUUCUAAAACAUCCCACCCAUCAACCAUGGCUCUCGCUCCCAAAUUCGCCGGCCAAAAGCUCGCCGCUAGCAGCAUCGCGCCCAAAGCCGUCCACACGCUCGAGCUCUACCUCGACUAUGUCUGUCCCUUCAGCGCCAAGUUGUUCAAGACGGUCUUUGGCCCCCUCAAAUCCACCCUGACCUCCGCCCCCUACGACUCCAAGCUCGUCACCAUCUUCCGCCAGCAAAUCCAGCCCUGGCAUCCGUCCUCGACGCUCACCCACGAGGCCGGCGCCGCCGUCCUCCGCCUCUCCCCUGACCUGUUCCUCCCCUUCAGCGCUGCCCUCUUCGAACAACAGACUGCCUUCUUCGACGUUAAUGUUGUCAAUGAGACGCGUAAUCAGACAUACGCUCGCCUUGCUAAGAUCGCCGGCAGCGUCGGAGUUAAUGAGAAAGAAGUGUAUGAUUUACUAGUUAUCAGUGAUAAGCCAGGGAAAGAUGGAGCGCUGAACACGGGGAACAAGGUCACCGAUGACGUGAAGCUGAUGGUGAAAGCCAACCGCUUGACGGGAGUGCAUGUCACGCCGACAGUGCUUUUCAAUGGGGUUGUGGAGAAUAGCAUCUCAAGUGGUUGGACGAAGGAGCAGUGGGAGGAGUGGUUAGAGAAGAAUGUGGUGUGACUAGAGACGCCGAAGCUGUGAGGUGUUCGAUAUGAUGGCCCAGUGUCUGAAUUAGGACAAGGGGUAUAGUGGUUUGGCGUACAAACCAGACAUCCGACUGGC